CUAAAGAAAUUUAAUUUGUUUCCCUUCACUUCCUUUCCUCCUCACCAUUUCAUUAUUGUUCUGAAAAAUAGCCAAGAAAUCAGCUUCAAAUUUCAUCUCCCUAUAAUAUUCAGAUAGGGCAUUAAACAUUGUAGUUUCAACCUCAAGCUCCCACUUUUUUUUUAUUUGUUUAUGAUCACUUAAUGAUUCUCACGUCCAACAUUUUACGCCAUUUUCUUUCAACUUGAGAAAAGAAAAAUCUUUUUUUUUUUUUUUUGUUGGCAGCCAUGACGGAGGUCCUUCAUUUCUCUUCACCUCCAAGCGCUGAGAAUUCUUCUUCUUCUUCUUCUUCUUCUUCUACUACGUCUGACGAUGAUGAUGAUGAUGAAGGUGGUGACCCAAGAGUUGAAGAAGAGGGAAAAUUAAAGAAGAGAAGCAAGCAAGAGGGGGAUCAAUUGUCUGUGUUAGCCUUUCUGGUGACAUUGUUCAGGAAAUCUUGGACCUCUGGUACCGGAAGGGAGCUUUGUGGUAUGGACAUCGGUAUCCCAACCAAUGUCAGACACGUGUCUCAUGUUACAUUUGAUAGGUUCCGUGGCUUCUUGGGUUUGCCUGUUGAGUUUGAGCCUGAAGUUCCCACCAGAGUUCCUAGUGCCAGUGCAAAUGUCUUUGGAGUUUCGACAGAAUCAAUGCAGUUAUCCUAUGACUCAAGAGGGAAUAGUGUGCCAGCAAUACUCUUGUUAAUGCAAAGGCAUUUGUUUGCUCUAGGAGGCUUGCAGGCAGAAGGGAUUUUUAGAAUUACUGGAGACAACAGUCAGGUGGAGUAUGUUAGAGAACAACUAAAUCGUGGCGUAGUUCCAGAAGAGAUUGAUGCACACUGUUUAGCUGGACUAAUUAAGGCUUGGUUCAGAGAACUUCCAAGUGGAGUUUUGGAUUCUUUAGACCCCCAGCAAGUAAUGCAGUGCGAGACAGAAGAGCAGUGUACCCAGCUUGCAAGGCUUCUACCUCCAACAGAAUAUGCUUUAUUGGAUUGGGCCAUCAAUCUUAUGGCUGAUGUUGUCCAGCAAGAACAUCUCAACAAGAUGAAUGCCCGUAAUAUUGCCGUGGUUUUUGCCCCAAACAUGACUCAGAUGGCAGAUCCUUUGACCGCACUGGUGUAUUCCGUCCAAGUGAUGAACUUUCUCAAGACACUUAUCUCAAAGACCCUACGAGAAAGAGAGUAUUCAAUGGUAGAGCCUACAGAGGCAUCCUAUCUGGAGCCUUUUGAUGAUGAUGGAGAUCAGAGGCCUUCCAUCUCCUGCAUUACAUAUACCCAAAAAGAUAAUGAAGAGAAAGAGACCGCAAUUAUAGCUCAAGAACCUUUAAGAGCAAGUUUCAGGAACUAUAGUCAAAACAAUGAGACGGCAGAUGGAGAAGAACACAGUCCCAUACCCUCGGUCUACAAACAGAUCUCCGCUGAAGAUACUCCAACCCCGGCUAGAAAUAAUGAUAUUGGUGAGUCAAGUAAUUCAAGUCCGGGGAACAAAAUCAAUCCAUACUUGCUAUUGACAAAACCAAAGGAAUACGCAACCUGA